ACUAUCACCAGACUAGAAAGAAAUCAUGGAUGAAUUCAGAGGAAAUCAUAUUCCGGCGUUUGGCAGUUGGGAUUGCAACAAUCAUCUACCGUUCACUCAAUGCUUCGAAUCAGCUCGGCAAGCCGGAUUCAUCGGUUACGGCUAUGGAUACCCUCAAGAUCGUGAUCUCUACGUCGCCGGAGAUCUCUAUGAAAACAAUGUCGUAACUCCGGCCAUGAUCGUCGUUCCUCGCCGUCGGAGGAAAGCGCCGAUGAGGGAAGAGAAGAAGGAUGCGUGGGUGAUGUGUGAUUACGAUUACGUUUAUGGAUACGGCGGAAAGGAAGAACCACCGGCGGUGACGGAGCAAACGACAACGGAGAAUGUUAGGGUUAUUAAACCAAAGGCUGUUGAUGAAGAUUUGUAUAAGAUCUCGCCGGAGCUCCUCCGUCGGACGCCGAGAAGGAAGAGCAAGAGAUGGGGGUUGUUUUCAAUGUGUAUGCAGCCAACUUGUGUGAUGUGAAUCUUUGAAAAGACAAAAAAAAAAUUAGAGAAAACAGUAGAGAGAGAUCUAUAUCUAUAUCUAUAUCUAUAUCUAUAUCUAUAUAUGUAUGUAGGUGUCAAAGAUGGUGAAAUGGCCCAUGGGUAUGUAUGGAAGAUUUCAUGAAUAGGACAAGAUUGUUGGUUGUUUUUUUUUUGUAUGUGGGUUGUAAUCCAUUUUUGUAUCAAGAUUUCAAGAAAUGAGUUUCUGGGCCAUCAUUGUCUUUACCCUUGUAGUUGAACACUUGAAAUUUAUAACCUUUUUAGUGAU